AAAAGUAGUGUUGAUGUUUCAAGAGACAAAUGCAGGUCCAAGUCUACAAGUCGAUAACCCGCCUUUUGUACCCCACAGCUCCAGUCGUCGCCCACUUGGGCCAGGCUUUAAGGGCACGCACUGGGUUGAUUUUAUCUAAUCGAGAAGCUCUUUAUCUGCAGUUCUGCUGCAUGGUUGAGCCUCGAGAGCAUUGAAAACCAACCAAUCAC